AUGACAGGCGGUGACGUCAUGAUCCAGGAGGGCGCCAUCGAGGGGGCCUCGGCCGCAUUCGGCAUGCACGUCAUGCCCAGCGUCCCCUCGGGCACCGUCGCGCUGCGGCGCGGCACCAUCAUGGCGGGGGCUCUGUCUUUUGAGAUCACUGUCCGCGGCCGCGGCGGCCACGCGGCGCUGCCACACCUGAACGUGGACCCGGUGGUCGCGGCGGCGUCGCUGAUCGGGGCGCUGCAGACGCUGGUGUCGAGGGAGACGAGCCCCCUGGGGUCUGCGGUGCUGAGCGUGGCCAUGCUGCAGGCUGGUGACGCGUACAACGUCAUCCCAGACUCCGUCAUGCUCGGCGGCACCAUGCGCGCUCUGACUCACGAGCACAUGAUGUACCUCAAGGGCCGGGUGGAAGCCAUGGCCGCGAGCCACGCCGCCGGCUUCGGCUGCAACGGCACCGUGGACUGGCGCCUGGACAUUCAGCCUUACUACCCCCCCUUAGUCAACGAUGACGGGGCGGCCGACUUCGCAUGGGAUGUCGCAACGCGGCUGCUGGGGGCCAGCAAGGUGCUCGAGACCGAACCCAUUAUGCCCGCCGAGGACUUCGCCUUUUUUGCGCGCGCCGUGCCCUCCACGUUCCUCUUCCUCGGGAUCCGCAACGAGACCCUCGGGUCCGUCCACAACCUGCACUCGCGCAACUUCGUGCUUGACGAGGGAGAGCUGCACAAGGGGGCCGCGCUGCACGCGGCGCUCGCGAUGGAGUACCUGGCCCGCGGCGGCGUCCAGGGGGGCGCGUUCGGCGUGCAGGAGGCGGCGGCGGCGGCCGCGGCCGCCGCCGAGGCUGGGGGGCGGCACGAGGAGCUAUGA